UAUCCUGCGGAGUAGGCAGGUGGAAUGCAGCUUCACUAAUCCGUACCAAUAACCACACAAUGCAGCAUGCCCAACGGUCUCCAAGGGGGGUGCUGCGGGACGGCCCCACAUUCCAAUCUUCAAUCAAUCACCCCGCCACGAAACCGGACAGACACUGGAGCUACCCCUCGUUGCAGCAUCGCAGAAAAAACGGAAGCAAAAUCGAUUUUGCUUCCUGACUCACUCUCAGCCUUCCCCCUCCCAGCAGGCAAAGGAAACGAGACACAAUGGCCAUCGAGACCAUCCACCUCGAGCACGUGCCCGCGACGCACACGGUUUACGCCGCCUUCUUCAGGGAUGUGACCAAUGCCGACUUCCUGCAGUCGCAGCUGCUCGCGCGAAACAGCGAUUUCGAGUACGCCUUCAUCGACGCAUCCUCCAUCAUCUCCCGCUCCCACGUCCUCGCCGCCACCUACAAGGCCCUAACCGUCCUCCUCGACGGCACCCUCAAGACCCCAAACGUCCACUCCGAAAUCGUCUGCUCGCUGAGCGCCUCAAACAACAUCGCCGAAGCCUACCGCCGCUACGGCAUAACCCCCACAACCCGCAACCUCAUCGCCAUAAAAGUGUGCUCCUCCUCCUCCUCCUCAUCGCCCGCCCCCGGGGACGCCUCCACAGUCGCCGCCCACCUAUCCACGCACGUAGCCGGCCGCCCGGUCCCGCUUUCCGACGCCGAGAUCCGCCCCUGCACCGACUGGGCGCGCGUGCGCAAGUACUACCGCCUGAACGGGGCGCCGGCGCUGGAGGGUCGGCCCGGUGGGGGCAACGAUAACGACGAAGACGACGACAGGCGGGUGCGGGAGGCGGAGGCGCUUGUCUUGGGGGCGAUGGCAUUGAGGGGGUUGUGAUGUCUAGUUUCUCAGGGGGGAGGGAGGGAGUUUAAUGUGGCGUUUUGGCAUAUUGUUUGGCGUUUAUGAAGGGCAUGGAACCUGGAGAGGGGGCGAUUUACUUGGCAUAGAAUUAUUAUAGGGAAAUGCAGUUGCAGUUCUGGUGUCUCGUCAUGGUG